AUCAGACUGUUUCCGGGCAGUCCCUGAAGUUUGUUUUUGCGCAUGCGCGUGGUCGUGCUCCUAGACUUUUACCGAAACAGAAAACGGUAUGAACGCGCUGCUGCUGCGGUUCGGUCCGAGGCGGCUCUGCGCUCUCAGAGGUUUUCAUGUGGGAGCACCGUCUGCGACCUUUGACCUGAGGAGGGUUGAACUGACACCUCUGGAACAGAGGAAGCUGACCUUUGACUCCCAUGGCCUGGUGACGGAGCUGAAGAACAGUGGUUUUGAGAAGGAACAGGCAGAACUGAUCGUCUCAGCUCUGGUCAUGUUGACCACUUCCAACAUGGACAUUGUCUACAAGGACAUGGUGACCAAGUCUCACCAGGAGAUCGCGGUGCAGCAGAUCAUGACCCACUUGGACUCCAUCAGGAAGGACAUGGUGAUCCUGGAGAAGAGCGAGUUCGCCAACCUGCGGUCCGAGAACACGAAGAUGAAACGGGAGCUGGAGCAGUUUCAGAACCAACUCCAGGAGGAAAGUCAGAAAGUCCGAGCAGAAACCAAACUGGACAUCAACCUGGAGAGGAGCCGAAUCUCUGACAUGUUCACUGAGCAGGAGAGGAAGCUGAUGGAGGCCUCCUCAGAGUUCCACCACAAGAAAGCCGACCUGGAAAAUGACAACAUGGAGAUCAACAAGAAGAUCGACCUACAGGUGGCGUCACUCAAAACCGUGCUGGAAUCGCUGAAGCUGGAGACCAUCCGAUACCUGGCAGCGACCGUGUUCUCCUGCCUCGCCAUUGCUCUGGGAGUGUACCGGCUGUGGAGAUGAUGGGUGUGGGUCUACAUCAGAACCGGGCUUCAGAAUUCACUUUAAUAAAACUGAAAAUGAUUCAGCAGGUUCUGAUGGGCCAGUAAGACUGGUGCUGGUUCCAUCAGGUGGGCCCCUUAAGAUGACAAAUGGUUCUGGUCCAUCUGAAUCAGAUCAUUAUUCCUGAAAGUUUGGACCGCCCAGAGCCUUGCUGAGACGGCAGAACCACUCAUGCCGAGUUAACCUUUCAUCCUUUACCGCUGCAGAGACGUUGGUCUCCGGAUAUUAAAUCAGUCGUGAAGAACCCGAAACGGGUUCUGGGAAGGGUGCAGCUUCUAGUUUCAGAAUGUAAACCACAGUAAGCCUGAAAAUAAACAUUUAACUGGCACAGC